AUGAAGGCCAUCCGACGGUCUCUCAAAGGAGACAAAGAGCCCAGGGCACAUCACAUCUCCAUCACACCCAAGUCUGCUCUCGCUAUCCUGCCGCCUAAAAAGGUCAUUAAAGCGCUUUACGACCACGAACCAGCCCCCGGCAACACCCAAGAAUUGGCCUUCAGCAAAGGUGAUUUCUUUCAUGUCAUAAGUCGUGAAGACGAUCCAGACUGGUACGAAGCCGCCAACCCCCUAGUACCCCACGCUCGAGGCCUGGUUCCUGUGUCGUUUUUUGAAGUCGUGCACAAAAACGAAAAAGAUCGCCAAAGCGGCGGCAGUAAGGAGUCACCUAAGCAGGAACUUCACGACUCUGGAUACUCGGACCGUCCUAUUCAUCACGAACGCCAGCAAUCAUCUACAAACACAACUAAGCAAGCAGCUUUCAGAAUGUCGGUCAAUGGGAAGGGAAACGGCGCCAUGGUAUACGGCGUUGUGGUAUAUGAUUUCAAGGCGGAACGUCCCGAUGAAUUGGAAGCCAAGGCCGGCGAAGCUAUCAUCGUCAUCGCACAAUCGAACCCCGAAUGGUUUGUCGCAAAACCCAUCGGUCGCUUGGGCGGCCCCGGUCUGAUACCAGUAUCCUUUAUUGAAAUCAGAGAUAUGACGACGGGACAGGCCGUACCGGAUGCGUAUGAUGCUGUCAAAAGGGCAGGUGUUCCUCGCGUCGAGGAGUGGAAGAAGAUGACCGCCGAGUAUAAGAACAGCAGUAUCACACUUGGCAAGCUGGAUGGAAUGGCCGCGACAGGCAUGCAAGCCGUCUCGAAUGAUAUGGAGAAAAUGUCUAUCAAUGGCAAUGGGGCAUCCUAUCCACCAUCGAAUGGUGCCAAUGGACAGGGCUACCAUUCGAGAUCGGAGAGCCGAGCAGGGACAUUCUCUCAAGGAUAUGCACAACAAGCCAAACCAGUGCAGCCGGCUAGCAACCGACUUCUGGCACCUAUAUCGGCUUCUAUCCCUCGGUACUGUUUCGAUCACGACAAAUACUGGUACAUUAUUGAGGCGAAGAUGGAGGACGGCACGCAUUGGGAAUUGUCGCGUUUUUAUCAUGAUUUCUACGAUUUUCAAAUUGCUCUUUUGACCCAGUUCGAGGAGGAAGCUGGACACAAUGGAAAAGCACGAACAUUGCCAUUUAUGCCUGGUCCUGUGACGCAUGUCACUGACGCAAUUUCCAAUGGACGGCGACAGAACUUGGAUGAUUAUAUCAAGAAGCUCUUGUCCAUGCCGCCACACAUCUCUCGUUGCACUCUUGUUUGCAAACUAUUCGCGCCUCGUCCCGGUGACUUUGAGAUUGAUCCUAAUGCAGUUGAGGAUACGUACCGAUUUUCUGGGGAAUCUCAGCAAUCUUCUGGUCACGAUAUUUCCCCAACUGACUCUCGCCAGUCGUCACAGGCACGUAUCAGCGCUUCUGCCACGGGAUAUGUGGCACCAAAUAGCGCGACUUCUGGUCGCGCACCUCAUCAACGUCAGCAACCAUCUUUGUCUCAGCAGAAUAGCUUCGGAUCGCAAUCACGCACAGAUCUCCAGAUUCCUCCUAUGAAUCGACAGACUAGCUCCCUUACGCAAGCAUCCAACAACUCUAGCAACAACGCCAUGAAAGUCAAAGUUUUCUUCCAGGACGAUAUUAUCGCUAUUCGAGUACCGAGCGAUGCCAACUUACACCAGUUGCAAGAUAAAUUGCGUGACCGAUUGAAGGUCAACAACGGCUUGGUGCUUCAGUAUCGGGAUGAAUCGACCAAUGACUUUGUCGAUAUGAUCAGUGACCAUGAUCUAGACUUGGCUUUACAGCGAAACUCGAAGUUGACACUUCGUGUUUCACUUGCAUAG